CUGUCCCGCAGAGCCUGUCCCAUACAACCUGUCCCGCAGAACCUGCUUAGUGUAAAAACAAUUUAACCUUUCUUCUAUUUCUCAGAAAACAAAUGUACGAGAAAGAUCUACUAAACGACGAAAUUAUGUUCAAAUUCAAAGAACUCGAAAUUCCAGAAUUAAUUUUAAGAGAGUUGAAGGAGAAGAGAAUGGCAGAACGCAAUUUUAUCAAGAAGAAAAAGCAAGGAGACAACGAGAAUUGCAGCGAAAAAGAAUUCAUGUUGUCACCAAUUACCGAGCGAAAACCGAAUCGUCAAAAAAUAAAACGAGCUGCAUCUCCAAACAUACUUGAAGAUAUCGGGUUUUUUAACCUUGCAAAUGAGUGCAGAACGUUCGUCGGGAGAUUCAGGCUUGAUACCGUUCAUGUGAAACAAAUUCCAAAAACUCAUGUUUAUCUAAGCAGAGAUGUGUUGGUUGAGCUGAAAGACGUGCGUGACUUGAUACAUCCCAAUUUAAAUCCUUACGCAGGCUUUUGUCUAGAAACACCAUACGUGCUGAUAUUAUCUGGAAUGUGUCAGAAAGGUUCUUUAAUGGAUAUCUUACAAAAUGAAGACAUUCAGCUCAACUGGGUUUUCCGCUUAACAUUCGCCAUGGAUAUUGCCACGGGCCUUGCUACAAUUCACGAGAGUCCGAUAAAAAUUCAUGGUCAUUUAACAUCUCACAAUAUACUUAUUGACAGUAGAUGGAAUUGCAAGAUAUCGGAUUAUGGGUUAUUGAAGUUUAAAUCUGCAGUACAGCCCAAGAUAACUGAUGAAAAUGAGGAUGCUAUUUAUACCUCUUUGCUUUGGACAGCUCCGGAGAGUAUUAGCGUGAACGUCGCACGUCGAAAAAAAGAAGGUGACAUAUACAGCUUUGGUAUUAUUGUUUCUGACAUCAUUAAUCGACUACCUCCAUUUUCUGUGUACAGUCAGUACAGACCAAGAGAAAUUAUUCAUUUUAUACAUAAACGAUGCAUACCGCCAUUUCGUCCCCAUGUUCGUCUUCAAACAGGCUUAGAUGGACGAAUACUUGACUUAAUGAGACAAUGUUGGGAUGAAUUUCCGGCCAAUCGGCCAACGAUACAAGGAGUACGAACGACAUUGAAAACGAUCUUAAAAGACAAGUCAGAUAAUAACAACCUCUUAGAUAAUAUGAUUGAAAUGAUGGAGAAAUAUUCGCAAGGGUUGGAAUCAAGAAUUCGAGAAUUAAAUCACGAAAAAGAUGAAGAAAGAUCCAAGCUGGAGAAAGUUUUAUACAAAUCACUGCCAAAAUCUAUCGCUAAGCAACUUCGUUCUGGUCAACCUAUCCUUGCAGAGAAUUUUUACGAAGCAUCCGUCUUGACUUUUAAAGUUGAUGAUUUUGCGAAAUUCCUUCAAACCCAGACACCACAGCAGAUGAUUGACUUGCUGAAUGAUGUCUAUCAAAUUAUCGACGAUGCACUAACACCGAAUGUUCAUAAGAUUCAUGUCUGCAGAGAUCAACAUGUACUUGUUUGUGGAAUGCCGGAACAGGGAAUAAAAAAGCAUGCUUAUGUGAUAGCUAAAACAGCUUUAAAGAUUAUGGGAAGUCUAACCACAUUUCGGUUUCGUCAUAUUGAGGACAAUCUAAUGAGAUUUAAAAUUGCCAUUCAUUCAGGAGCGUUUGUGGCUGGCGUUGUUGGGCGACAUAUUCCAGUAUACACUGUGCUAGGGAAAGCGAUAGAAUAUGCUGAAGCUGUGUUACAAGUGACUCCGACAUUAAGAAUCCUUGUUACAAAAGAAUGCAAAGCAGCCCUUUCUCGAUACAAGGGAAUUACAUUAGAGAAAGCUGGUCCUGUUAUGGUGAAGGGUUAUGGAUUUUUGGAAGGAGAUUUCCUGACAGCUAUGAGUGGGUUGAAGGUGAAACUACGCGAUGCCGUUAUAAGUCAGAAAUAAUAGUUAACAUUUUAAUUGGACCAUAAAAAAACUAAUAGAAAAGUAUAACUGAUUUAAUUAGAAGAAAUAGUCAUUAGUGAAGACUGAGUAAACGGAAACACUGAAUACUAUAUCGACUGUUAGUGACUAACUGAAUCAAUGCAAAAAAGAUUCUUACCUUAAAGGAAAAUUACGUUUUCAGUAAUGCCCCGUGAGAAGAAUCAGCUCCAAAACAAAUCCACAAUUCGUUUAAUUAGUUAAAAUAGGAAUCAUAAAUGACAUAAUAAUAAAACUUAUAGAAUUCAAUGACGGGAAAUUUUUGCGAUAGUUAUAUACAGCACGUGUUUUAUGAAAUUUUUGUAGAGGUUAUAUUUGUACUUGUCCAGGAGAAUUCGUCGAUCGCUACUUGCAGCCGCCAUCUAUUGAUCGCAAACAGUUUAAUAUUGACUUUGUUCAAUAUUUGUUCUGAUGUAAUACAUAAAACGAAAGAUGUUGUACUGAUUAAAUUAAUUCCAGUUGAACUCAAUGUACGACAGAUCUUGACAACACUAAAUAGUCGAAAGUUUUAAUCAAUUCCACAAAACUUGAUUUUCAUUUCAAUAAAUCAAGUCGAAAAAUAGCAAGUUCACAAACAUCAAAACGUAGGUUUUAUUUCAAGCUUACUGAUACUAGCAAACUUCUAAAUCGUAGUGGCAUGGCAGGAAACAUGAAAGUGUUCUAAAGGUUCGUUUUUUUCUCAAAUUUUAUUUUGCUGGUAUUUUACUGUAUUUUUGAAUAUUUUUCAACUUGCAUGUGUAUAUGUAAUUGUACUUUCUACGUAGUAGAUCGUCUUACAAAUUACAGCGUUUACACUUGAGCACUUUCACGGAAUCAAAGAAAGUUUCUGGAUACAAACCAAAACGUAUUAGAUUGAAGAAAAAAUGUUUUAUUCCUUUUCAUCUGUUUAUACUACUUUAAAAGCAGAAAUUUAACGGUCAUUUUUUGGUCAUUUUCUUCGCAAAGUUUUUCCACGCAAGGUCAUGGAUAUUUUUUAAAACGUGAUAGUUUUUUCACCACGAAAAAAUCUCAAAUUAAAAUAUUUCCAGCAACUAUUACUUGCAUUGUGAUUGAUCCGGAAAAAAAAUUAUUGGAAACUUUUCUGUUUUUAUUAUUUACAUUUUCAUGCUGAAUCUGUUUAAAUUUGCAAAAUCUAGUGUAAACGCAAUCCGCAUAAAUUUCUAUUUUUAGUAACUUGACUUAUGAUUCCGGAUAAAUUUGCUCAAGUGUGUAACGCUAAAUUUGUCUAUGUGUGUAAUAAUUUAUUGAAUUGUAUUUAUUGUAAUUCUUAAGCAAAAGUUUAAGUAACAUUUGAGAUUUUAUAAACCGUUAUUUUUAUCCUGUCUUUUGUCAGCUUUUCUAAAGGCUUUUCUUUAACAAUAAAAUAUUUAAUUCGUCACUUAAUAAUUGAAAUUAUAAGAAAUUCUUUAGAUUUGCGAAGCUUAUACCUUUUACCACUCUGUUUUUUCAAUUGAGUGUUGAGGGAUCUUUUUCUACUGUUAUAAAUUUAGAAAAUUAAAGCAUGUUCGCUAUAGGCGUUAUCAUAUUUUAUCAUUAGCACAACAAAUAUAUCCAACGUGAUUCGCUAAGAGGAGACAAACUUUUUUGGAGUCUAGAUAGUAAGAGAAAAAACAAAAAUGUUUUAUAGAAAAAAUUUAUGUAAAUACAAGUAAAAAAACGCAAUUGUAGUCCCUAAACGUUUAUAUAUGGAAAUUGGUUUAUGCUCUCAAAUGUGAACGGUGACAUAACUUUUGGGUGCGGUUGAAAUCAUUUUCAUCCUGGUCUGAUGCUAGACUACUGUGACGAUAAACAAUAUAUAUAUAUAUUCUUCUUCUUCUUAUUUAUUGAAAUAACAUGUUGGUACUUACGCAAUAAACAAUCCAGGCAAAGCGAAUCAGGAGCUUUUUUCGUAACCUUGGCAAUGAAAUAUUUUUAAAAAGAGAGUUGUCCUCAUUUUAUGACAUAUAACUGAACAUACUUUAUGCAAAACGCAAAUCCAUUAAAUAUGAUAGGUUUCGCAGAUCAUAUGCUUUGAGGGUAGCAAUUAUUUGCGAAUCUUAUGAGGGAUACAUAUUUGCAGAUGAUUUGCGGAUGACUACCUUUUUUUUAGAAAUAUGUGGAAUUAAUUUUUGCGGAUAUAUUAAUUUUAGUAGACGGAAAAUCAUUAUUUUUUCCAAACAAAGGUUUUGGAAAUAAAAGCAUUUUCAAAUGAGCAACGAAGAACUAAUUGUUUAAGUCGAAAAUACAAGUACGAAAAAGUUAUUGCACAUACAAGAAAUGGAUAAUCCUGCGGGAGAAAAUCUUAGUGGAUUAUUUCCACACUUUCCUGUGUUGAAUGAAAAGGUUGGAAUUGAAUGUCAGAUGUUAAACAAGUGUUAAAAACUGAGGACACGUGUGUUCAACAUAAUCUAUUCUCAAAAAUAAUAAUAUUUACAGUUCUUCUUUCGUACUUGUUUUCGACAUGCUCUCCAUCGUAUAGCGUGUACUCCAUUGUAGUGUGUAUUCGCUAUAACAACAAGAUACUAUCUCCUAAUUAAAAAUAUUCAAUACAUAUUGUGCCCUUCACAUUGCAUACUACCCCUGCUUGACAUUUUUACCCACUCUUAAAGGAAUAUUCAUGUAGUUGAUAAUUCUGGUUAUCGACAAAGAAUACUUGCAAAAGUAAAAGGGAUGAAAUAAUUAUUGUAUGGUUAUUCUAAGUCAAUGAUAUGCAAAAACACGCAGAUGGUCUAACAGAGACCUAUGAUGCCCUCAAGU